AUGAAAUCGAUUCUCCUAGCUAGUCUCGCCGCGUGGGGCGCGUAUGCCCAGAGCGGAGCAUGGGGCCAAUGCGGCGGUAUCAACUGGUCUGGCCCUACGAGCUGCAUCUCGGGCUAUACUUGCGUUUACCAGAAUGACUGGUACAGCCAGUGUCUUCCCGCGUCUCAAGUCCCGACGACGACUACCAAGGCGCCAAGCACGACCCUGACUACCAGCACCCGCCCUCCCACGAGCACGUCUAACCCUGGAAAUGGGUCUAAGAAAAUGAAGUGGGUCGGCGUGAACCUUUCCGUUGCCGAGUUUGGCCAGGGUACCUACCCUGGGACUUGGGGCAAGGAGUUCUACUUUCCCGACAACAAUGCUGUCUCGACCCUUAUUUCCCAGGGCUACAACACCUUCCGUGUUGCCUUUGCCAUGGAGCGUAUGGCUGUCGGCAGCUUGACGAGUAACUUCGACCAAGGCUACCUGACCAACCUCACUGCCACGGUCAACCACAUCACCCAAAACGGCGCCUGGGCCGUCCUCGACCCCCACAACUUUGGGCGAUACAACGGCAACGUCAUCACUGAUACCAACGCCUUCAAAGCCUUCUGGGUUAAGCUCGCCACCCACUUCAAGAACAACGACAAGGUCAUCUUCGACACCAACAACGAGUACAACACCAUGGAGUCAUCUCUCGUUUUCGACCUCAACCAGGCUGCCAUCAACGGCAUCCGCGAGACCGGAGCCACCCAGUACAUUUUCGUCGAGGGUAACUCGUGGAGCGGUGCCUGGACCUGGACCCAGAUCAACACCAACCUUGUCAGUCUGCAGGACCCCCAGAACAAGAUUGUCUACGAGAUGCACCAGUACCUCGACUCUGAUGGCUCCGGUACUUCCACGGCGUGUGUUUCCAACACCAUCGGUGUCGAGCGUGUCACCGCCGCGACCAAGUGGCUCAAGGACAAUGGCAAGGUGGGCUUCCUCGGUGAGUUUGCUGGCGGCGCCAACGCCAACUGCAAGGAGGCCGUCACCGGCAUGCUCAACCACCUCCAGGACAACAGCGAUGUUUGGCUGGGCGCUCUCUGGUGGGCUGCGGGUCCCUGGUGGGGCAACUACAUCUACAGCUUUGAGCCCCCGAGCGGAACCGGCUACACGUACUACAACUCUCUGCUCAAGCAGGCCUAUCCAUGGACCUCCAAACCCCUCAUCGUCUUGGCGCCGAUGCGCCCGGUAUCCGGCCCGCAUCUUGCCGUCGCCGUCUCUCGGGCCGGGGGCCUCGGCUUCAUAAAUCCCAACGGAACACACCAAGGCAUAAUCGAUGACUUCGAAGACGUGAAGAAAUUACUAGAAGCGCAAGAUACAUCUAGUGACGCCCUCUCCAAAUUCGCUUCCGGCGGUCUGCUGCCCGUUGGAAUUGGCUUCAUCGUUUGGCGCGACGAUAAGCAGGUGGCGCUGUCGACGGUUGAAAAGUAUCGACCUGUCGCUGUCUGGCUAUUCGCACCACGAACUGGCCAGGGGGAAUUGGACGAGUGGAUAUCGGAAUUGCGCAACGUCUCUCCGCAGACCCAGAUAUGGAUCCAAGUUGGUACCUUGGGUGAGGCAACUGCCGCCGCAAACAGCAGUUCGCCCCCUGAUGUGCUGGUAAUACAGGGUACUGAGGCUGGCGGGCACGGAAGAACUAGUGAUGGACUUAGCAUCGUCACGCUGUUCCCGGAAGUGGCGAAUGCUAUUCGCGGCUCGGGUAUUCCUCUUAUCGCUACCGGAGGCAUUGCCGACGGUCGGGGAGUCGCAGCGGCGCUGAGCCUUGGAGCGGCGGGUGUCGCCCUGGGCACCCGGUUCAUCGCGGCCACCGAGGCUCGCGUUAAAAAGGGAUAUCAACGGGCGGUCCUUGACGCAAAGGAUGGCGCCAAGUCGACGGUCCGCACGACGAUAUAUAAUCAGCUCCGCGGAACCAACUGGCCAGAGCAGUACAGUCCCCGUGGAGUUACGAACCGUACCUGGGAUGAUUUCCAGGCCAAGGUUCCAUACGAGGAGCUGAAGAAGGCCUUUGAUGAGUCUACCAAAGCCGGGGAUGAGGGCUGGGGUAUUGAAGGGCGGCAGCCCACGUACGCUGGUGCGGGUGUCGGGUUGGUUGACACUGUUGCCGAUGCCGAAACAAUUGUCAACAAUUUGAGGAAGGAUGCGAUAAGCAUUGCAAAGGCAGUUGCAGAGUCCUUUGAAUAG